CUCUCUCUCUCUCUGUCUCUGCUGGUGUUUUCUUCGCGUAAGCUUUUGGCGUGUCCUUUUGCAAAAAAGAAAAAAGAGGAAAGGGAAAAAACAGACCCACGUGACAUAUAUAUUCACAUUCUUGUUGUGCCUCUAACCAUUCCAAUUCCAACCACUCAAGAAAAAUGCCCAACUGCGUUUGAUGUUUCUUAGUCAAACGUGUUUGGGGGUUUGAUUUUGCGCAUAUGUUAUAUAGAAUAUGUGUUGUCUCUAUUUGACUUUGAAAAUCAUGCAUUUAAUGAGUAUUCUUGGUAUGUAAGAAUUCCCCACAAGAUAUGUUUUUGGAUUCUUGGUGGGCUAUUUGGAAAUAGAGAUUUCUGUGCGUUCAUCAUCUUGUUUGCGAGUUUUUUUCUUUUUGUUUUCUUUUUGAGGGGAGAUUGAGGAGGAAAAAAUUCUUGAUUUUUAUUGAAUUUUUAUCUCUGAUUUCUGCUCCGGAGAUUCUUUUUUGGGUUGAAAGCAUUAAAGGGUUUCUUCCGUGACUUUAAACUGUUCUUGGUGUUGUGGCUUUUCCGCAAAUUUGUUCUCCUUUUAUGAUCUGAGUGCCUUUUGUUUCCAUCAUCCGUGUGGAUUCUGGGGGUCUAUAUUGAGGUUACAGGCUUCAAAUUGGAUGAUCCAUUUUGUUGGAAUAUCUAAGAAGCAAAUGAAGAUGUGAACUUAGGCUGUUAAGAGAAUAGGGACGUGAAAGUUUGGUGCAGGUUAAGGCUUCAUUGACCAUGCACCAACUGCAUUCCUUCUAAUGGGCUGGCUUAGUAAAAUUUUCAAGGGUUCAAACGAUAAACUUUCAGAGGGGCGGUAUGACUGGAGAUAUGGGGCAGAUACAGUGGAAAAUCAUCCAUCUGCAGAUACUGUGGAAAAUCUUCCUUCUGCAGAUACAGUGGAAAAUCAUCCAUCUACUUCGUGGGAUUCAUGGUCAGAGCUUGAAGAAAUAGACCGUGCUAUUGCAUUAUCUCUUGCAGAAGAAGAACAGAGAGGAAAUACUGUGAUUGAUAGUGAACCACAACUGGAAGAAGAUGAACAACUUGCUAGGGCACUUCAGGAGAGUUUGAACGUUGAGUCCCCACCAGACUCAGGGAGUCGAAAUGACAGUGCUAUUGGAAAUGGAUAUGGAAAUGGUUAUGGAUAUGGAAGUGACAGCUUUUACCAACCUAUACCUUUCCCGUAUUCAACAAGCCUCAGGAUUUGUGCUGGUUGCAACACUGAAAUUGGCCAUGGUAGAUUUUUGAGUUGUAUGAGUGCUGUCUGGCAUCCAGAAUGUUUUAGAUGCCAUGGAUGCAGCCAACCAAUAUCAGACUAUGAGUUUUCAAUGUCUGGGAGCUACCCAUAUCAUAAAGCAUGCUACAAGGAGUCAUAUCAUCCAAAAUGUGAUAUCUGCAAUCACUUUAUCCCGACAAAUGCAGCUGGUCUUAUUGAAUAUAGGGCACAUCCUUUUUGGUCCCAGAAAUACUGUCCAAGUCAUGAGCAUGAUGGAACUCCACGAUGCUGUAGUUGUGAGCGGAUGGAGUCAUGGGAUGCAAGAUUUGCUGCCCUUAAUGAUGGUCGAAAGCUCUGUUUGGAGUGCCUGGAUUCAGCAAUAAUGGAUACUGAUGACUGUCAGCCCCUUUUUCUUGAUAUACAAGAGUUUUUUGAAGGGCUAAAUAUGAAAGUGACACAGCAAGUUCCUUUACUUUUGGUUGAGAGGCAGGCACUAAAUGAAGCAAUGGAUGGAGAGAGACAUGGGCAUCAUCACAUGCCUGAAACUCGAGGUCUCUGUCUCUCUGAGGAACAAACAGUCAGCACUAUAUUGAGGCGACCAAGGACAGGAGGAAAUCGAGUAAUGGCCAUGAGAACGGAGCCUUAUAAAUUAACUCGCCAUUGUGAAGUGACUGCAAUACUCAUUUUAUAUGGUCUUCCGAGGUUACUGACUGGAUCGAUAUUGGCGCAUGAGAUGAUGCAUGCUUGGCUGCGACUUAAUGGUUAUCGAACUCUUAGACAAGAUGUUGAAGAAGGCAUCUGUCAGGUCCUUGCUAGUAUGUGGUUGGAAUCUCAGAUCCUAUACAUGUCCGAUAGUAACAAUGCAUCAACCUCAUCCUCUUCCUCUGCUUUCCCAUCAUCAAGGCAAGGAGCAAGAUCUCCCUUUGAGAAGAAACUCAGCAUCUUCUUUAAACACCAGAUUGCAACAGAUACGUCCAUGGUAUAUGGAAAUGGUUUCAGAGCUGGUAACCAGGCAGUGCUAAAGUUUGGCUUACAGAGGACCCUAGAUCACAUUCGGGAGACAGGAAAUUUUCCUUACUGAAUUUGUUGCUGAACUUGUGGACAUAUUCCUUUAUUCUUCAUCUUCUCAAAUUACAGCCUUGGCCUUUCGUGUAUUAGUAUUAAGGCCAUUCUAUAGGAAAUGUAUGUCAGUACAAAAGUUCUUGGAAUAGGUCUAGGGAGUCAUUUUUAAACCAUGUAUAUUGGAUGUUCCCUUACAUGUACUUUUAGAAAAAUAAUAAAAUUCAUGUCCAUUUUCUA